AUGGGGAAGGAGGAUAUCCUCUGGGCUGAGAAUAGAGAUGAGAACAAGAACCCUUGGAGGAGCAGCCUGGGUCCCAUUUCCACGCAUCCCUUACCCUAGGGCAGGGUUUCCCAAACUUGGUCCUGGGGCCCUCUCUGGGUGCACAUUUUGGUUUUUGCCCUAGCACUACACAACUGAUUAGUGGUUGGGCAAAAAAACUAAACGUGCACCCCUUGGGUUCCCCGGGACCAAGUUUGGGAAACGCUGCCGUAGGGACACCCAUCCAAUAACCCAUCUGUUCAGAUGUUUAUUAUAUUUCCUCAGUGCUGCUGACUACAAUGGGGGGAAAAGUCAUUCCAUUGACAAAUUUUUCUAUAAGUUGUAUGUGCCGCAAAAGUGAAUUUGUCACAACACAAUGCCAGAGGGAGAGUGUAAUUAGCAUGCUGACUGCAGGAAUGUCCACCAGAGUUGUCGCCAGAGAAUGUAAUGUUAAUUUCUUUACCAUAAGCCGCCUCCAACGUCGUUUUAGAGAAUUUGACAGCAUGUCCAACCGGCCUCACAACCGCAGACCAUGUGUAUGGGGUCGUGUGGGAGAGCGGUUUGCUGUUGUCAACAUUGUGAACAGUGUGCCCCAUGGUGGCAGUGGGGUUAUGGUAUGGGCAGGCUGUUAUAAGCUACGGACAGUGAACACAAUUGCAUUGUAUCGAUGGCAACUUGAAUGCACAGAGAUACUGUGAUGAGAUCCUGAGGUCCAUUGUCGUGCAAUUCAUCCACCGCCAUCACCUCAUGUUUCAGCAUGAUAAUGCACAGCCCCAAGUCACUAGGAUCUGUACACAAUUCCUGGUAGCUGACAAUGCCCCAGUUCUUCCAUGGCCUGCAUACUCUCAAGACAUGUCACCCAUUGAGAAUGUUUGGGAUGCUCUGGAUCGACGUGUAUGACGGUGUGUUCCAGUUCCCGCCAAUAUCCAACAACUUCGCACAGCCAUUGAAGAGGAGUGGGACAAUGUUCCACAGGCCACAAUCAACAGCCUGAUCAACUCCAUGCAAAGGAGAUGUCGCUCUGCAUGAGGCAAAUGGUGGUCACACCAGAUACUGACUGGUUUUCUGAUCCAUGCAAAUGUAUUGAAAAUGAAAUACAGAUCUCACUUACAUAAGUAUUCAGACCCUUUACUCAGUACUUUGUUAAAGCAACUUUGGCAGCGAUUAUAGCCUCGAGUCUUCUUGGGUAUGACGCUACAAGCUUGGCACAACUGUAUUUGGGGAGUUUCUCCCAUUGUUCUCUGCAGAUCCUCUCAAACUCUGUCAGGUUGGAUGCGGAGCGUCGCUACACAGCUAUUUUCAGGUCUUUCCAGAGAUAUUCGAUCGGGUUCCGGGCUCUGGCUGGGCCACUCAAGGACAUUGAGACUUGUCCCGAAGCCACUCCUGCAUUGUCUUGGCUGUGUGCUUAGGGUUGUUGUCCUGUUGGAAGGUGAACAUUGGCCCCAGUCUGAGGUCCUGAGUGCUCUGGAGCAGGUUUUCAUCAAGGAUCUCGCUGUAAUUUGCUCCGUUAAUAUUUUCCUCGAUCCUGACUAGUCUCCCAGUCCCUGCCGCUGAAAAACAUCCCCACAGCAUGAUGUUGCCACCACCAUGCUUCCCCGUAGGGAUGGUGCCAGGUUUCAGGUCAAAGAGUUCAAUCUUUGUUUCAUCAGACCAGAGAAUCUUGUUUCUCAUGGUCAGAGUCCUUUAUGUGCCUUUUGGCAAACUCCAAGCAGGCUGUCAUGUGCCUUUUACUGAGGAGUGCCUCCGUUUGGCCACUCUACCAUAAAGGCCUGAUUGGUGGAGUGCUGCAAAAUCAAAAGUAACAGUCAGUAUCUGGUGUGGCCACCGGCUGCAUUAAGUACUGCAGUGAGCAUCUCCUCUUCAUGGACUGCACCAGAUUUGCCAGUUCUUGCGGUGAGAUGUUACCCCAUUCUUCCACCAAGGCACCUGCAAGUUCCCGGACAUUUCUGGGGGGGGGGGGGGGGGAUGGCCCUAGCCCUAGCCCUAGCCCUCGCCCUCCCUCUGAUCUAACAGGUCCCAGGCGUGCUCAAUGGGUUUGAGAUCCGGCCUCUUCACUGGCCAUGGCAGAACACUGUGACAUUCCUGUCUUGCAGGAAAUCACUCACAGAACGAGCAGUAUGGCAUUGUCAUGCUGGAGGGUCAUGUCAGGAUGAGCCUGCAGGAAGGGUACCACAUGAGGGAGGAGGAUGUCUUCCCUGUAACGCACAGUGUUGAGAUUGCCUGCAAUGACAACAAGCUCAGUCCGAUGAUGCUGUGACACACCGCCCCAGACCAUGACGGACCCUCCACCUCGAUCCCGCUCCAGAGUACAGGCCUUGGUGUAACGAUAAACACGAAUUUGACCAUCACCCCUGGUGAGACAAAACUGCGACUUGUCAGUGAAGAGCACUUUUUGCCAGUCCUGUCUGGUCCAGCGACGGUGGGUUUGUGCCCCUAGGCGACGUUGUUGCCGGUGAUGUCUGGUGAGGACCUGCCUUACAACAGGCCUACAAGCCCUCAGUCCAGCCUCUCUCAGCCUAUUGCGGACAGUCUUGAGCGCUGAUGGAGGGAUUGUUCAUUCCUGGUGUUACUCGGGCAGUUGUUGUUGCCAUCCUGUACCUGUACCGCAGGUGUGAUGUUCGGAUGUACCGAUCCUGUGCAGGUGUUACACGUAGUCUGCCACUGCAAGGACGAUCAGCUGUCCGUCCUGUCUCCCUGUAGCGCUGUCUUAUGCAUCUCACAGAACAGACAUUGCAAUAUAUUGCCCUGGCCACAUCUGCAGUCAUGCGUCCUUGCAGCAUGCCUAAGGCACGUUCACACAGAUGAGCAGGGACCCUGGGCAUCUUUCUUUUGGUGUUUUUCAGAGUCAGUACAAAGGCCUCUUUAGUGUCUUAAGUUUUCAUAACUGACCUUAAUUGCCUACCAUCUGUAAGCUGUUAGUGUCUUAACGACCGUUCCACAGGUGCAUGUUCAUUAAUUGUUUAUGGUUCAUUGAACAAGCAUGGGAAACAUUGUUUAAACCCUUUACAAUGAAGAUCUGUGAUGUUAUUUGGAUUUUUACUUAUUAUCUUUGAAAUACAGGGUCCUGAAAAAAGGAUGUUUAUUUUUUAUAUAUUCCCAGUCGUGAAAUCCAUAGAUCAUGGUCCAAUGAAUUUAUUACAAUUGACUGAUUUCCUUAUAUGAACUAACUCAGUAAAAUCUUUGAAAUUGUUGAAUUUUGCGUUUUAUAUUUUAGUUCAGUAUAGAAAAUAAAACAUACUAAGUGGAGUGGAGACUUGAAAGUUGUGUUUUGCUCAGCUUCCAGUCAUCAAGGUUGGAAUGCCUAGGUUAUCACUCUUUAAGAUUAGACUGUCUAAUAUUAAGCCCCUCGCGUGCCUGGUGAUAGUGUGGCCAAUUGUGAUGAAUACCAGGGAGAAUAGGGAUCAUUUCAACAGCCAUGACAUUAGAAUGCCCUGUAUUUUCACCAGGCGGUGACGCAGAACCUUUUUCCACUGGGUUUUUGUUUCUUUCUCAAUUUAUGGGCGAUGGAAUUCUAUCCUGGUCAUGUGACUUUGAUUAGCCACACUAGCUCAAUGAUAGCAGUCAACUUUCCAUUGUGUAGUAGCUAGGCACAUAUGUCGACUUUGCACAAUAAGAGUUAGACUGUAUAACUUUUAAUGACGCUGUUGGUGUUAUGUGACGAACAUAAGGAGCACCUGGUGUUUCUGCCAGAGGUGAACUCAGUGGGUAAGCGUUUUUUUGUAGCACUAACGUUAUUAGCAGGUUAGGAUAAUUAACGUAGUAGGUUAGGAGACUGAGGUUAAGGUUAGGAAAAGAGUAAGAGAUCAGCGAAAAUGGUCUCCUUACCUGUUACGAAAAUCACUGUAUCGAAGUGUAGUGAAAAGUGCGUCCUCUGCGGGUAAAUAAUAUUUUGACUGUUCGCAUUACAGCUAGCUAGCUUGUUACCAGUGUUGGUGAAACCAUAAAUGGAGAGGAAGUACAAAACCAACGACGCUAGACAGAGAGGAAUUUGCUUAAGCAAAAGGCAGUUUAUUAAACACAGCUGGUACUGCUCAAGCUACAUGCAUGGGCCCAAUGCAUGGAUCCUUCUCAACUGUCUCCAUAAGAGGCAAUUGAUUGGGUCCAUGCAUGGGAGCUAUAACAUUUUAUAUUUACUACGACACCAGCUGUCGUCAAGUGACUAGCUAAAUAAACCAUCGAAUACAGUGGAACAUUAUGAGUCUUGAUAAAAACAUAGCUUGAUAGAUUGUCCUGGCUGUCUGUUGCCUGUCUUUGUCAAGCUAGUUACCUAGCUACUCCUGGCUGUAAACUGUACUGUUUCUGUCCAACAACAAUGUAACUCGGCCAUAGCCCCAUGAGGGGAUCUGAAUUGACAGAUGGUAUAGCAAAUUGUGAAAAUUCCAUCUAGACAAGGGAGUGCGCAUAUCUAACCCCAGGUGGGGUAGGUGCUAGGGGUAAUCUCUGGACAGGAGUCACAGGACCAUUGUAUUGCCACAAUUUUGAGAGCUAGCUAGCAUAGUUGUUUUUUCCUCAUCGGUGGUUGGUGAAUUUGGGCGAAUAGCGGUAGAGUUCCUGCGAAAGGGAACAAACGCUAAGAUCUAUGAGGGGGCUGCCAGUACGUAUCAGUUUCCAAGCUUUUAUAAACCUUCCCACAAAACAUCUUAUACAUGCAAAGCUGUCAUUCCGUUUCAUUGUCCAAUAAGUUUUACAUGGUAGACUGUUGUAGCCAACUAGUUUCCCCUCUCACUGUGUCCUCCAGGGAAGCGGAGUGUUGACGCAGAAACCGUACAGGAUGGUGUGGAGGGACUCGUACCUGCUCACCUAGAGCUCCAAACUCAUGGUGAGUAGCUACAGAGAGCCUAUCCCCUUUCUACAGCUAGCACACUCACCAUCUUUACUCCCUCUACCUACCACACUCAUUUUGCGGCAGCUCUCAGAUGAGUCCGGGAAACCGUUCCUUUUGAGUUUGGAAUUAACAUUAACAUGAAGCCUGUCCUGAACCGUGUGUGUCUGUGUUGUAGAUCUCUGAGGUUGACUUUCAGGACUCGGUGUUGGGCUUCACCGAGGAGCUGAACCAGCUGCAGCUCUACUUGGACCACAUGAAGGAGAUCCGACACAUCCUCAGUGUACUGACCCACUCACUGCCACGACCUGGAGUGGAGGCUGGAUGUACAGGGACUGUUGUCUCUCUGCCUGCCUGUCUGCUUUUUUUGGUGUGAGUGGAGUCUUUCUAUGUCUGUGUCUCUUUGACGGUACGUCAAUUCAGUUUGUAAAGUCUCUCUCCCUCCCCUAUCUCUCUCUCAACUAGCUGGCCAGUCGUGCCCUAAGGCACCAGGUGAAGCCUACACUGAGUAUGAAGCUGCACCUGGAGGAGAGUGGAGGUGAGAAGAGUGCUAAGGUGCUACAGACUGACCCUGCCACCCUGAUGCACCUCAUCCAGGAUCUGGAGAAAGCCUUGGCUGAGCUCAAGACCACCCAUUGCCGCAGGAUCCGGCUCAACAUCAAAUAG